UGUUUUUUUUUCAUCUGAUAGACUUGGGUUGUGAUUUGGUUGGGUGUUUUAUCACCACGCAUGCGCAGAUCAACAGCAACAGAUUUGGAUUUCUACUGAAACUGAUAAGAAAGUUGAGUGUUUAUCGUAUAGUUUGACAGAGAUACCAGAAACUCGUAAUUUACAAAUUUGUUUGACCCUUUUUCCCUAAAAGUCACUUGAAUUUGGUCUAGUCAACUGAUAAGCAACUAACAGAGGAAUAGUCAUCACAUGCUGACACAAAAACUACCACAAUUACCACAAGUUAACCUGCCAUGCCCAACACGAAAAAUAACUGCUGCAUUCCACUGAUGGGUCCAGAUGGAGAUAUCGUUAGAAACUGGUCCAGUAUUGAACCCAAAGUAGAUAUGGCGACUUAUAUAUGGAUAAUUCACCGUUACAGUUUCUACGAACAGAAUGGAGAAGAUCUGCGCUCACCGCUAUUCACUGCGCCUACCAAUGACCGAUGUAAAUGGUACUUACAGUUGAAAUUCAACAAUAAAGUUGGUGAAAAUAAAAAUUAUAUUCAAAUACGAAUAGGUUUGGAUCCUGCCGGUGAAUGUAAAAAAGCAUUUGCUGAACUUAGUAUGUUUCUUUUGAAUGAAGAACGAAAAAAUCCUUUUGAAAGAACUGGUAAAGAUCCUAGAAAAUUUGAAUGUGGAAUCAAAGCUGAUUGGGGAUUUGCAAAGUUCAUUACAAAAGCUAGUCUUCGUUCAACACACGAGGAAUUCUUACGAAACAACAAAUUAACGAUUUACUGUAAAGUAACUUUUUCCGAAGAAGAGGAUUUCAAUAAUAGUUCGAAUAUAAUAACGGAAUCGUCGCAAAUUCGGCAGCGCGUUGUGAAUGAUCUAUCUGAAGAUUUGGGGCGUUUAUACAAAGAUGGACAUCUUACUGACGUUACGUUAUCAGUGAACGGAAAACAUUUCCAGGCUCACAAGAAUAUUUUAUCGGCGCGCAGUUCAGUAUUUUCAGCCAUGUUCAAACACGAUACAAUAGAAAAUCAAAACAAUCAAGUUGAUAUCGUAGAUAUAGACGAAGAAAUAAUGGAAGAAAUGCUUUAUUACAUGUAUACCGGAAAUGUUCAUAAUUUAGAUGGUAUGGCUGAAAGAUUACUGAAGGCAGCUGAUAAAUAUGAAAUAAAAGGCUUGAAAGCUGUAUGCGAAGAUACGUUAUUGCAGAAUUUGGCUGUUGAAAACGCAGUUGAUUACUUGGUGUUGGCAGAUUUUCAAAAUGCUCAUGAUUUGAAAUUAAACGUAAUCAGUUUUAUAGUCGAGAAAUCAACCGAAGUUAUGCGUACAAAAGCAUGGGACAAUUUGGUCCCGUCGAACCCAUAUUUGAUCGACGAAGUUUGCAAAGCUUUAUCGCUUCAACGUCGAUUAUCGUUAUAGUUAUAUGUAGUAUAGCUGCCUUUUGAACGGAUGAAGCUUCUCUGUUUUUUGCAUUUUUAUACUUUCAUAGAUUCAUUUAUACGAAUAAACCAUGUUUUAUGUUG